UACAAAAAAAUAUUAAUUUUGAAAGCAAUAUUAAAAAUAAUAAUAAAAUAACAAAUAAUAAUAAUAAUUCAAAUUUAAUACUAGAUCAUGAUAAUAAUAAUAAUAAAAAUAAAUUAAAUGAAUUAAAUAAUAAUAAUAAUUUUGAUAAUCAGCAUGUUGUUAAUUUUAUUCAAAAAAAACAAAAACGACAAAAUAAUAAUUGGUGGUUACCAUCAACAGCAAAAGAUGCUGCAUAUAGAUUUCGAUCACAACAACAACAACAAUUACAACAUCAAUAUCAAUAUCAACAGCAACAACAAAAUCAACAAUUAUAUCAACAGCAACAAUUACAGCAAUUACAUCAACAAUUGCAACAACAGCAACAACAACAAAUGCAAAAAUAUCAAAAUUUACCAAAUUUAAAUUUAAUAACAAGAAAUAGAGCGUCUCAUUAUAGAGGUGGAUGUUUUGGUACAUCAAAUAAAGAUGAUCUUAAAAGAUCUGAAAUAUUUGCCAAAGCUUUACAAGAAGCAACACAACUUGCAUUAUCUGGAAAACGUUUAGAAGAUGGCACUUUAGAGAAACCAUUAACAACAAAUUUUGAAUUACUUAAUUUAGUACCCGAUGAUAGUAAUAGUAAUGGCAAUGGUGGCAUUAAUAAUGUUGGUAGUGUCAGUAAUAGUGGUAAUGGUAAUAAUAUUAAUUUAAUGUUUGGUGAUGAUAUUGAUCCAAUUUUAACAAAAAUAACAAAAAGACCAGAAAAUCAAUUAGCAAAAUGGCGUCGUGUUGGUAUUGUAUCCGGUACUAAUGUUCAAUUGGAUACAAUUGUAUGGCCGGGAGGUGAUGUUGUAGUUUCAGGUCUCUCGGCAAGAGCUAGAACUACAUUUCGUAUUGUAACUGCCUUAGCACCACCAUUUGUAAUGGAAUCAGAAAUGGAUGAAGAUGGUUUAUGUCUCAGAGGAUUACCAUGCCAUAGAUUAUCACCAAAUUCAGAUCAUAAUUUAACAUUAAUGUUUAAUGCUAUCGAAACAAUGUACCGUCUGAAAGAGGAUGCUGUUGAACAUGGAGUUAAACCACCAGAUGGAAUAGACGAUGAUAAUUAUGAUCAUAAUUUGUAUAAUACAAAAUGCUGUUAUGGUCUAUCUAUGGAUUUAUUAGAUAAUAUUGCAACUGAAUUAGGAUUUGAAUUUCAUUUGUAUAUUGUACGAGAUGAAUUAUUUGGAACUAAAUAUAAUAAUUUAAAUGAUUUUUUCCCACCAACUGAUAAAAAAAUAAAUCAUAGAAUAAUUAAUGAUGAUGAAAAUAUUCAAACAGAUGCAAAAGCAUUUAAACAACAACAACAACAGCAAUAUCAACAGCAACAAAAAGAUCAUUAUACAAAUCGAAUUCAUUAUCCACCACCAGAUAGUCGAAAUUUUCAAAGCGGUAGCUUCGAGCGGAAUAAAAAUUUAAAUCAAAACUAUAAUAAGGACGAAGAUGAUGUUAUAGUUGAAGAUGAAGAUGAUUAUGAGGAUAAUAUAAAUAGAGCUAAUAAAGAUGAAAGAAAAUAUGAUAAGCAAGAUAUCAGAAGAGAGAAUUAUUUUGAUGCGAUCAAAGGUUUUCAAAAUGGUUAUCGUCGAUCUAAAUUAAAAGUUCAUUGGAAUGGAAUUGUUGGAGAUUUAAUAUCUGGCUCAGCUGAUAUGUCAUUUGCACCUUUAACAAUAUCAAAAGCACGUGCGGAAGUCAUAGAUUUUAGUGCACCAUAUUUUUAUAGUGGAGUAACAUUGUUAGCAGCACCACAAAGUAAAUCGGAAAUACCAUUGCUAGCAUUUUUAUUACCUUUUUCACCGGAACUCUGGAUUGCUAUUUUUACAUCAUUAAAUGUCACAGCAAUUGCUGUAGCAAUUUAUGAAUGGUUAAGUCCAUUUGGUCUUAACCCAUGGGGAAGACAACGUAGUAAAAACUUUAGUAUGUCAUCAGCACUCUGGGUAAUGUGGGGUUUAUUAUGUGGACAUUUGGUGGCUUUUAAAGCACCAAAAUCAUGGCCUAAUAAAUUUUUAAUAAAUGUUUGGGGUGGAUUUUCUGUUAUUUUUAUUGCUUCAUAUACUGCCAAUAUUGCAGCCCUCAUAGCUGGUUUAUUUUUUCAUAAUGCCUCAAAUCGCCGUUCAGGUGAGCUACUGGAGCAGCGUAUCGGAGCCCCAACUGCUUCAGCAGCCGAAUCUUUUAUGAAAGAAUAUCAUCACCAUAUGUGGGAACAUAUGAAAAAAUUUCCCCUCAAAAAUAUAGAAGAAGGAAUUAAAGGCCUAAAGAAUGGUACAUUAGAUUUAUUGUUAGGAGAUACAGCAAUUUUAGAUUAUUAUAGAGCAACUGAUCAUAAAUGUUCAUUACAAAAAGUCGGUGAACCUUAUAUUGAAGAUGCAUAUGCUAUUGGAAUGAAAAAAGGAUUUCCAUUAAAAGAUUCAAUUUCAGCUUUAAUUGCAAAAUAUUCUAGUAAUGGUUAUUUAGAUAUUUUAACAGAAAAAUGGUAUGGUGGACUGCCUUGUUAUCAAUUAGAUAAUGAUAUUGUGAUGCCACGUCCUUUAGGUGUUGAAGCUGUUGCUGGAGUUUUUCUUCUUCUCGGUUUAGGUGUAAUAUUAGGAGUUUUAAUUCUAAUAUUUGAACAUUUAUUUUUCAAAUAUACUUUGCCAUUACUACGACUUAAACCGAAAGGUUCUGUAUGGCGAAGUCGUAAUAUUAUGUUCUUUAGUCAAAAAUUAUAUCGUUUUAUAAAUUGUGUUGAAUUGGUUUCACCACAUCAUGCUGCUAGAGAGCUAGUGCAUACAUUAAGACAAGGACAAAUUGCAAGUUUAUUCCAAAAGAGUAUCAAAAGGAAGGAAGAUGAACAGCGUCGCCGAAGAAGGAGUAAAGCGCAAUUUUUCGAAAUGAUCCAGGAGAUUAGAAGAGUUCAACAAGCUGAAAAGAUGAAACCAAAACUUGAAGUUGUAUCAGAGUGUACUGAGACAACUGAAACUGCUUUAAAUCCUGAAAUACCAGAAAUUAUUGAACCAUCAUUAUCACCUAAAGUAUCACCAAAACCACGAUUAAGUUUAAGUCCAAAACCACGUUCAAGUCCAAUGCAGAAAUUAUUCCGUAAUAAUAAUACAAGAUCAAGAUCUAAUUCAUCAACAUUAAAUGUUCGACGUUUUAGUACAGAUAGCAUAUUAAGCGAACGUUUAGAUACAAUAGGACGACGUUUAAGUCGUGAUUUAACAAAUUCACCACCAGAUUUCGGUAAACGUUAUGAAGUUUUAGCAAAUAAAAUGAGUACAUCAAAUAUAAGCGGUAGUAGUGGUGGUGUCAGUGAUACAUAUAAAAAAUAUGAUACAAUGGGUAAAAAACAUUUUUCAGAUGAAAAAUUAGAAGAAACAAAAUUUAAUUCAUUAAAUACAAAAAAUAAUAUUAGUGAGAAAAAUAUAUCAGCAACAAUACCAAGUAAAAAACAUCAAUUACGUCGAACACCACUUAAUUCUGAUACAUUUUCACCACAAAUUGGAAAAUCAAUUUCAACAUCAACAUCCAAAGAUGAAUUAAUGAAAAAAGAUAGUAAUACAACUAGUUCAACUGGUUCAAUAAGUAAAAAAAAUAAAUCUGAAUUACCUGUUGAUUUAUUACAACCAUCAAUAGGUAAUGACGAUAAAAUUAAAACAAAAAUUAUACAACGAAGUAAAGAGAAUUUAUUAUCAAAAAAUAGUAAUGAUAGUAUUAGUUGUACCGAUGAAACUGAACAAUCAUCACAACAACAACCACUUUAUACAUCAAUAAAAAUAGUUGAAAAACGUCCAGUACAUCGAAGCUCUUCAAGUCAAACAUGUUCAAUUGGAUAUCGUAGUAGUCGUCCAACAAAACGUUCAAAUCAAAAUUUACAUCAUCGUCAACGUAGUUUAGAUAAUUUAGAUUCAAGACCACCAAUGCCAUUACCAAUUGAAGCAACAUCAGUAUCAAGACCACAAUCACGUGAUAAAAUCGAUUAUAAUAAAGAUGAUAAUAAUAUAAAUGAUAAUAAUGAUGAUGACGAUGAUGAUGAUGAUGAUGAUAUUCGAACAAUAUAUAUACGUCAAACUGAUAUAAAUUUACCAUUAAAAAUAAGUCCAUUAAGAAGAAAUUUAAAUGAUAGUAAUGAAUUUAAAAAAAUUUCAUUAGAUCGUCUUAGUCGAGAAGAUUUACUUAAAUUAAGUGAAACUUCUCAAACAGAAAUUCAUGAAUAUCUUAGUAAACCAAAACCAACAGAUUAUACAGAUAAACCGCCUUGAAAAUAAUUUUUUUCAAAAAAAAUUGAUUUAAAAAAAAAAAUGUAUUUUUAAUCAAUAUUAAAAACAAAAAAAAAUUUUUCAAUCAAUAUUAAAUAUUUUAGAUAUUAUAUAAAAUCAUCGUCCACAUAUAAUUAAUAUGAUGCAUUGAAAAUUUUAAGCUUUUUGGACAAAUUCAUAGAAGAGGAACGAAAAACAGCAGAAAUAAAACAAAAUUUUUUAGGAGGAAAUCAAAAACAAAAUAACAAAGCAUAGAAUUUAAAAAAGAAUUUGCAAUAGAAUCAGGGCUAUUAAAUGGUCGAUAAAUAGAAAAAUUUUCUUAUUCAAUUUUUAUGUUUAUCAAAACUAGUAAAAUUAAUAUUAUUUUUGUAUUUCGUUUACCAAUAAUUUUAAUCUUGUAUCCUAAUAUACGGAAUAAUUUGCACUUUAUACUUGAAUUUUGUCAAUAAAUUAGGUCAUUGCUACGAGUAUUAUACUACUAUUAGGUCUUUAAAUUCUUAAUUUAUAUUUUCUCUUUUUCAAUUUUUAUGUAUAACAAAAAAUAAUUCAAACCUUUUCAACGAAAGAUUGACCGUCCGAUAGACGUCUUGUGCCUGAAAGUUCUGAUUCGAAAAUUCUCAAAAGCCAAAUCUUUUUUUCAAAAAGAAAAUAAUUGGAUUAAAAUUAUUGUUUAGUAAAAACCAAAAGAAAAAUAUUUAAAUAAAAUUGAUAAACUCAUUUACAUUCAUAAUUAAAAUAAAAUAUAAAUAAUAAUAAAAAAAAAAUUUAAAAAAGAAAACAAAUGAAUAAAUUUGAAAAAUCGCACAAUUAAAAAUAGAAAAAUAAAAUUAAUUUAAAUAUAAAAAAAAAAAUAAAAUAAAGGAAAAAUAUUUUAACAAAACAAAUAUUUUUUAUUUUCAAAAUAUUAUGCAUAAAUAAUUUUCUAUUUUUUUUUUUGUAUAAUAAUAAAUUAAAUUGCAUAUUAUGUUAAUUAUAAUUAUUUCGUACUAUUUUUUGAUUAGUUAAAUCACUAAUUAUCUAAUAUGUAAAUAGUUGUAUGUAAUUAACUUUCAUACAACUUAAGUGGACGCGUACGCAACAUAACAAAAAAUAAUGUCGAACAAUUUAUAAUUUUAAUAGGCAGACAAAUUUUUAAUUUAUUUAUAUUUUUAAAUUCUAAAAUAAAUCCUACUCUCUCAUUCUAUAUAUAAUUUCUCUUAAUCUCUCAUUGUAUAUAAUAUAAUUUUACUUAGGGCUUAGGCCAACAUAGAAUUUUUAAUUUUAUGCAACUGUUUGAUUGCUUAUUUGUAUUCAAUAGAUUUAUUGAAUAGAUUAUUAAGCGCGCACACAUACAACUAUAUAAUCUCAUGCAAUUA